AUAACAGUUCUGUUACAAAAAUAGAAAGCAGAUAGCAAAAAGAAACCGAAAGUAUUUCUUGUUCCGUUCCGUUCUAUAGAAUCUUAACCUAAGCUGCCCUUUUUUGUUCGUUUACCACCGUAAAAUUCAAAAGCAAGUGCGUUGAAACUUCCUCGGAUUCCUCCGUUCUUUCUCGGCGGCUGCUGCUUCGAAUAAGAAACACGUUCUGCUUUUUAUUAAAAAAGUUGCUUCGUAGAAAUUUCUGCUGGAGUUUUGUAUUUAAAUCAAGUUUGUUUGUUUGCAUUGAGGAAAGAAAGAAAGGAAGAGAAGGAUGGAGAGGUUAAUGAGUGGGGAUUUUGAUGUGACAGCGAAGCAUUCAUCAGAGGAAGCGUUGCAGAAAUGGAGGAAGUUAUGUGGGGUGGUGAAGAAUCCUAAGAGAAGGUUUCGUUUCACUGCCAAUCUUUCCAAACGAUAUGAGGCUGCUGCUAUGCGUAAAACCAAUCAGGAGAAAUUAAGGAUUGCUGUUCUGGUUUCCAAAGCUGCGUUUCAGUUUAUCCAAGGUGUCUCCCCAAGCGACUAUAACGUACCUGCAGAAGUCAAGGCUGCAGGUUUUGACUUGUGUGCUGACGAGUUAGGAUCAAUUGUUGAAGGCCAUGAUGUCAAGAAGCUCAAAUUUCAUGGUGGGGUAACUGGUGUUUCUGAAAAGCUCUGCACUUCAAUCGUUGAUGGGCUAACCACAACGGAUAGUGAUCUACUGAAUCGUAGACAAGAGAUUUAUGGGAUCAAUAAGUUUGCCGAGAGCCAACCUCGGAGUUUCUGGAUAUUUGUUUGGGAAGCACUUCAGGAUAUGACUCUUAUGAUACUUGGAGUGUGUGCUUUUGUGUCUUUGAUUGUUGGCAUAGCAACAGAAGGAUGGCUAGAGGGAGCCCAUGAUGGCCUUGGAAUUGUUGCAAGUAUCUUGUUAGUCGUGUUUGUGACAGCUAUAAGUGAUUACCGUCAAUCGUUACAAUUCAGGGACUUGGACACAGAGAAAAAGAAAAUCAUCAUUCAGGUCACUAGAAAUGGAUUUAGGCAGAAAUUGUCAAUAUAUGAUCUGCUUCCUGGUGAUAUAGUGCACCUUGCUAUUGGAGACCAAGUACCUGCUGAUGGGCUUUUUGUUUCAGGAUUUUCUGUAUUAAUUGAUGAGUCGAGUUUAACUGGUGAAAGUGAGCCAGUAAUGGUAAAUUCUGAAAAUCCUUUUAUGCUUUCUGGAACUAAGGUCCAAGAUGGAUCAUGCAAGAUGAUGGUUGCCACUGUUGGGAUGAGAACCCAAUGGGGUAAAUUGAUGGCGACUCUAAGUGAAGGAGGCGAUGAUGAAACUCCACUGCAGGUAAAACUGAAUGGAGUGGCAACCAUUAUUGGAAAGAUUGGCCUUUUCUUUGCUGUAGUGACUUUUGCAGUUCUGGUACAAGGGUUAUUUAGCCACAAGUGGCAAGCAGGGACUUACUUUCGCUGGUCUGGAGAUGAUGCACUGGAAAUAUUGGAAUACUUUGCCAUUGCAGUUACAAUUGUUGUUGUUGCAGUUCCCGAAGGGCUACCACUAGCUGUGACGUUGAGCCUUGCAUUUGCCAUGAAGAAGAUGAUGAAUGAUAAAGCACUUGUUCGACAUCUGGCAGCUUGUGAGACUAUGGGGUCCGCAACAACCAUCUGCAGUGACAAAACUGGGACACUAACUACUAAUCACAUGACUGUUGUGAAGUCAUGCAUUUGCAUGGAAGUCAAGGUAGUUGACCAACCUACUAAGGCUGCUAGCUUGGUCUCUGAAAUGCCUGUUUCUGCUGUAAAACUUCUCCUGCAAUCAAUAUUUAACAACACUGGAGGUGAGGUUGUUGUUAACAAAGAUGGUAAACGUGAGAUUUUAGGAACACCCACCGAGACUGCUUUAUUGGAGUUUGCCUUAUCCCUGGGUGGAGAUUUCCAGGCAGAACGACAAGCUGUGAAACUUGUUAAAGUUGAACCUUUCAACUCCACGAAGAAGCGAAUGGGGGUAGUGAUGGAACUUCAUGAAGGUGGUUUGCGAGCCCACACCAAAGGUGCUUCAGAAAUAGUUUUGGCUGCUUGUGACAAGGUGAUCAAUUCAAAUGGUGACAUUGUUCCCCUGGAUGAAGAAUCCAUUAACCUCCUUAAGGAUACAAUCGAUCAGUUUGCUAAUGAGGCUCUUAGAACUCUCUGUAUUGCCUAUAUGGAACUGGAAGGUGGGUUCUCCCCUGAGAAUCCUAUGCCAGUUUCUGGUUAUACUUGUAUAGGGAUUGUGGGUAUCAAAGAUCCUGUUCGUCCAGGAGUCAAGGAGUCUGUUGCAGUAUGUCGUUCAGCUGGUAUCACUGUACGAAUGGUUACAGGAGAUAAUAUAAAUACUGCAAAGGCUAUUGCAAGGGAAUGUGGGAUUCUUACUGAUGAUGGUAUAGCAAUUGAGGGUCCAGAUUUCCGAGAGAAGAGCCUGGAAGAAUUGCUCCAACUAGUUCCCAAAAUUCAGGUGAUGGCUCGAUCUUCACCUCUUGACAAACAUACACUGGUGAAACAUUUGCGAACGACCUUUGGUGAGGUUGUUGCAGUGACUGGUGAUGGAACAAACGAUGCUCCAGCACUCCAUGAAGCCGAUAUUGGUCUAGCAAUGGGCAUUGCUGGAACUGAGGUGGCUAAAGAGAGUGCUGAUGUCAUAAUUCUGGAUGACAAUUUCUCAACCAUCGUGACAGUAGCCAAAUGGGGACGCUCAGUUUACAUAAAUAUUCAAAAAUUCGUACAGUUCCAGCUGACUGUUAACGUGGUGGCCUUAAUUGUUAACUUCUCUUCAGCUUGUUUGACAGGUAGUGCUCCCCUCACUGCUGUCCAGCUUUUGUGGGUAAACAUGAUCAUGGAUACCCUGGGAGCACUUGCACUUGCAACUGAGCCUCCAAAUGAUGAACUAAUGAAGCGUUCCCCAGUUGGAAGGAAAGGGAACUUUAUCAGCAGCGUCAUGUGGAGGAAUAUCUUAGGCCAAUCUCUUUACCAGUUUAUGGUAAUAUGGCACCUUCAAGCCAAAGGGAAAGCAUUAUUUAGUCUCGAUGGCCCUGAUUCUGAUCUAGUCCUGAACACCCUUAUAUUCAAUUCAUUCGUCUUUUGUCAGAUAUUCAAUGAGAUAAGCUCCCGCGAGAUGGAGGAGAUUGAUGUUUUCAAAGGCAUAUUGGAUAACUAUGUUUUUGUUGCUGUUAUUGGUGGCACUGUCCUUUCCCAAAUCAUAAUCGUGGAAUUCCUGGGUACAUUUGCAAAUACAACACCUCUCACUUUCGCACAGUGGUUCCUUAGUGUGCUCAUUGGAUUUCUUGGCAUGCCGAUUGCUGCUGGUUUAAAGAAGAUCCCUGUAUAGAUCGCGUUUCAGAGAUCCCUUCUAAAACUGAAGUUUGGACAACGGGAUUUGAGGAGGCCUUUUCAAGCAAUGGAAGACUUGUGAAGUGCUCAGCAUGUUGUCCAAGAAAUUUUCUUAGUUUGUUGUCUACGAGACCAGGUGCAGAAAUAUUAUUAUCCUAGAAACAGUUUUCCAAAACAAAUGUUCCUUGAUCCUGACUUUUCUUUUACGUAGUGAAUAUUCCUGGCAACUAAAAAGAUGGCAGCAAUUUUUUCUUGAAUCUUUUGAUGGAAUUUUGGUAGGUCUACACUCUACAAUCAUGUAAUUGAACUUCUUCAUUCAUUCAAUCAAUGUACUAAUUCAAAUUUUUUAUUUAAAAAAAAUAAAUUGUAAUGCUUUUUGUUC